UUUUAGGUUAAUUUUAGGCUUGGAAUGAAUUACAUUUGAAUUAUCCUCUUCUUACUUCAGCAUUGUUUUGAGCUGUGGAAUUGUGCCUAAGCUGUGGAAGAAAAUGCCAUCUGAGGGUGUUUAAAGCUUCCAAAAGAAUGUGUUAGCAUAGCUUCAAGGCCUUACAGGAGCCAUGUUAUUUGGAAGACUUGGAGGUUGCCUCUGCCUUUUUCUGUAUAUGGCUUUGCUUCAUGAGAACCCAGGGGCUCUUCCCCAUGUAGUCACACAAGCAGAAAUAGAUGAGUCAAAGAAGCUACCUAACCCUUGCAGCAGAUGGGCCUCCUUUUGGUAAUUUAAGAAUAGGUGAUUCACUCUCUCUAGCACCCCUUUGAAUGUUUUGCAGGUAAGUAAAAUAGUACAAUCUAUUCCUUUGGAACAUUAGUGUAUAUUAGAGAUCUCAGCUAAUAUGUGCUAUUGUUAUGUAUUUAAUUUAAAACUGGUGGACGUAUUAAGAAUUUUCUAUGUUACUGUGAAAUUUUACACAAGAAAGAGAAGGGCUCAAACAAUGCAAAUUGUUCUUAAGGUGAAGGGGUUGCAAAAAAGCUAAAUUAUUUCUAUUUAGGAGUCUGCUGUUUAUAAUCAAUAUUGUAUUUAAUAUUUUGUUUAUUCUGUUAAAUAUUAAUCCAAGGUAAAAAGUAUGGUACCAGUCGGCACAACAAUCAUGAGUGCCCAUUUUUAAACCUACCAAGACUUCUUGCCCCUUAUUUAUUUACACACGCACGUACAUAUGUAUACUUUUUUUAAAACAGAUUUUAGGAAAGCAGUAUUGCUGCAGCUUCUGACAUUCCAGUCUUUCUCUUUCGUAGACUCCAUUUUAGAACAGACUUAAAGGAGGGGCAAGUAACCUUUUUUCAAGGAGUAGAAUUUUACUAUUUUAAAAAAACUUCUGUGCUGCUUUCAGCUGUUUUGAUUUUCCAUGGAUGUGCAGAAAUUAAAUGAUACUAAUAUGGUGGUUAAAGCUCAGCCUUUCCUUACUUAAUGAAUAGUGAUUACAGCAUGAUUGAUGAUAUAAUUAUUUGUUUAAAGUCCAUACAUUAAAACAGAACAGGAAUCAAUGGCAAGAAGCUGCUACAUUAUUGUCUCUACUACCAUCAUAAACCAAUAUAGCUAUAGAACUGUUUCUUCCUGUUUUUCAGUAUCUAAGUUUUAGAAAAUGAAACUUUAGACAAGUAUUGAAGAACCAAAAAUAAUUUAUUUUUGAAUGAGAUAGAGAUCAUGGAAUCAACUUAAAAGAUAGCAUUUUGCUGAGAUAGACCACAUACAAUUUCCUUUGUACAUUUUGUUACUUCUGAAUUCUACAUGUGCUUGUGUGUGUCUCAGUCCUGCUAUUGAUGAUUAUGCGAGCAGUAUUUUGUCUGGAAUCAUGCUAUGAUUCUUAAGAAUUGUAAUGUUUAGAUAUUCCAGCUAUUAUAUACUCUGAUAGAUAAAUCUGGAUUUCUUCUAGCAAAGAAAUUCCCAGCCAUCAUUACAUGAAUUUCUCUUCUGUAGAAUGAGAUUGGAAUUUUCCGAGAUGUUGACACUGACCUUUUUCAUAAAGUUCUUAUUUGGUAUUACAGCAUCUACCUUUAUUAAGACAAAUUAAUAUAGUAUUGACAAUCUUACUUGUUCAAGACAGUUUCUGUCUUAGAUUUUUUUUACCUUUUUAUUUAUUACCCGUUUCUAUGCAGCUUUUGCUUGUAAUCCAUUAACAUCAUUUUCCCUUUUGUUGAUGUGCAAUGUUGUCUCUCUUGGUUUUUUUGUAACUUUUAUUCUGAAUUACCUACCUCCCCAGCUUCAACUUCAAUACUAACCUACUUAUGGUUAUGAUAGUAUCAUAGAUGACUUUUACGUAAAUAGCACCACCAAUAUUUUUUACUGUCCUAACAUUGUCUGGAAGUAUCAGUUUUAUUUUUCCUUGUAUCUAUCAUCUAUCCUUCUAUCAUGUCUAUCACAUCUGUCCGUCUGUCUGUCUAUCAUCUAGCUGUCUAAUUUAGGAACUGCCCAUCUCCCUCACAGAAGAACAAUAUACUGGGCAGUGUACAAAUAAAAUAUUAAAAGCAUAACAGGUAUAUGAAACGUAAAAGAGGCAAGGAUUUAAAAGGCGGGGGGGAGGGCUUUCAGGGCACUAAGCAGCCCCAUAUCUGGAAGGCCACAGAACUGUGUUUUUAAUGCCUUUCCAGAAAGCCAGGAGGGUAGAGGCCUACUUCAUCUCUGGGGAGGGGGGAGUGUUCCACAGGGCAGGGUCAAUGGCAAGAAGACUCUCUGCAUUGACCUCACCAGUGGGAGUUCUUUGGCUGACAGGUUCUGCAAUAUGUCUUCCCUGCUUGACUAAGCGAGACAGGCUGAUAUAAUGGCAUGAAGAUGGUUCCGCACAUAAUCUGGUCCCAAAUAUCUUUGGAAGUUUUUUUCAUUGUCUUCCCUGGAUGCCACAAUGGAUGAGCAAUCUUUUCCUUCAUUGAUGGAAAAUAAUACAAUUUUCCAUGCUAGAAUAAUUGAAAAUGAAAAUUUGAUAUUCUCUGCUGUUAAUUGAAAGUCAUUUUCCAGUUUAUACAAACUAAGUCAUCUUUCCCAAUCAUCUCAAUGCUUCUAGUGUUAUUACAGAAGUCUAAACACAGCUGGGAAAAAUUCUUAUAUGUGCUUCUCAUUCUGAAGAGACUACAAAAUUAAUCCAGAAGAUUGUACAUUAAUAUUUCAAGAAAAAGGUCCUGAGUUUUGCUAUAAAUUUAAAACAUAUGACAUUACACGAUAAGAUAUGCAUAUGAUGGUUGCUAAACCAGAACAGUGGGUAAAACCUAUGGCUGUAGCUGGUGCAAAUCAGUAUACCUUUCAUAUAGAAGCUACCGACAAUGCAGGAGCCCUCAUCAAAGAUAUAAGAGAAAAUGGAAUGAAGGUUGGUUUGGCUAUCAAACCAGGAACCACAGUAGAUUUUUUAGCACCAUGGGCCAAUCAGAUAGAUAUGGCUUUAGUUAUGACAGUGGAACCUGGUUUUGGUGGACAAACGUUCAUGGAAGAUAUGAUGCCAAAGGUUCACUGGCUGAGAACCCAGUUUCCUUCUUUGGAUAUUGAAGUAGAUGGUGGUGUAGGGCCAGACACUAUACAUAAAUGCGCAGAGGCAGGUGCAAAUAUGAUUGUAUCUGGGAGUGCUAUAAUGAAGAGUGACGACCCUAGAGCUGUGAUUAACCUUCUGAGGAAUGUCUGUUGUGAAGCUGCUCAAAAGCGUUCUCUUGAUCGGUAA